AUGUCUUCCCGCCUCUCCGGCCGUCAGUCCCCUCCCGAAGAGCGCCAAAGCGGCGCACAGCAGAGCGACCCCCCGGCCAGCGGCAAGACCGACGUCGCGGGUCAUCCUCCGCCGGAGUUUGCGCAGCAGAAAUCUGAAGAGGAUAAGAAGUUCCGGCUGCAGAGUAACCCGGAACAUCCGUUGGAGAAGAUUGAGGCGGCAAAGUAUGCUAAGUGA